AUGUUCGGAACCACCCCACCACUCCAUCCCUCUGCUUUACAAGCUAUAUCUGGAUAUCAUUACGGUAUGGCUUACGAGCAACCUAUGCCUCAAGCUCAAAGUUCACCUUAUGGUGGUGUAGGUUUUGGUCUGGGUGGUGGGAGUAGUGGCGGAAUGAUGAGUCCUGGUUCGGGUGGUGGCCAGGCCUUCCCUUCAAUGGGUAGUAUGGGAAUGGAUAUUAAUAUGGGUGGCAUGGGAGGUAUGGGUGGGUUGAACGGUAUGGGUGGAAUGGGUAUGAGUGGCAUGAGUGGCAUGAGUGGCAUGGGAAUGGGAAUGGGUGGUAUGGCUGGCUUCCCUUCUAAUGGGUUGGUCUUUCUGUUCUUUUUCACUUCGAUCCUCUGUUUUCUUCUUCACUUCAUCAUUCUUUUGGCGAGAUGUUAG